AUGGCUGAAGAUUAAGAUAUAUGGGAGAGCCUUUUUGAUUAUUUAAAUAAAGCACAAGACCAAGGCACAAAUAAUAAUGCUGAGAUAAUUUCAUAUUCUAAAGGAAUACCUGAUGUAGCUAUUGAUCCAUUAUCAAUUGGUGAACAAUAUCCUAGAGUAGAGAUAGCAACUAAAAUGUCAGAUGGAAUGUAUAUUUAAAAUGAAUAUUUAGAAUUCCAUCAUCUUAUAAAAUUUAAUCAUAGAAAAUGGUUAAAUUUCAAGAAUUUAGAGAUGAAUUAAUAGAUGAGAUUGAUGAAUUUUAUUAAGAAGAUUAACUUGAAGACAUACGUCAAAUAUAUCUUUAAUCUAAUUUAUAAUAAAAGGAUUAUGAAUUCACUAAUAUUUUGCCAUUUAUGUAAGAUGAAUAAGCAUUAAAUCCUGGAAUAGAAACUGUGCUUUAUACUAAUCAUGAUAUGUUUAGUUGGGAAAUUGAGAGUGUUAGUUCUGCUUAUCUUCAUACUGAUCUAAAAUCUUUUAGCACAACAAAUGUCAUUAAUAGAGGCCAAUUAAUUAAAGAUAAAAGGGGACCAGAAAAGGUAGAACUUGGUGAUAAAUUACUUUCAUUAGAUAAAUUAGAAUAAUAAAUAAAAGUUUAAGCAGAUACCAUAUUUGAUUAAAGUGAACAAAUAAGAAAAGAAAGAGAUAUUAGAAAAUAAGAAAGGAUUGCUGAAUAUUAAUAAAGGAUUGAAUAUCUUGAUGAUAAAUUUGUUAAGGAUCAAAUUUAAUCAAUUUUACAUGUCUUCCCUAAUUAAACUGAUCCUAAAUUUAAUACUAUUUGGUCACUUUUUAUUGAUGAAUAAAAAGAAGAAGAAUAACCACUUUAAUAAUAAAAACCUAAAUAAAUAGAAACUUUAGAAGAUUUAGAAUUCUAAGAAAAUGCAAUAGUUUCUGAAUCUGAUAUUUAAAUGCUUUCUACUCUAACUGAAUUAUAAAGACAGGCUAGAGAGACUGCUAAAAUCAACAAUAUUGCUAAUGAUGCAGAUGAUGAUGAAAUUAAAGAGGAAUGGAAUACUAUUGUAAAAGCAUAAUAAAUUGUAGAUUUUAAUUAGAUUGACAAUGAACCUACAUUUAUUGAUUAAAUGUAUUAUGCUGAGAAGGCAUAACCAGAAAUCUAAGAAUAAGAUCCUGAAAUAAGAAAAUAAAUUUAAGAUGCUUUAUAAGUGAAAUCUAAAUUUAGAAUAAUUAAAGUUUAAGACAUAAUUAAUAAUUCUAAUAAACUAAUUUAAGAUAGAGAUUUUAAAUUUGCUGUUGAAGAUGAAACAGAUAUGUCAAAUUUUUAUGAUUAAUUGCCAAAAGCUAAAAUGGCUAAAUAGUUUCAUUUUGAAUUAGAUGAUUUUUAAAAGAGAUCAAUAUUACAUCUUGAGAAAAAAGAAUCAGUAUUUGUAUGUGCUCACACUUCUGCAGGUAAGACUGUUAUUGCAGAAUAUGCAAUAGCAUUAGCAUUUAAACAUAAUAGAAGAGCUUUAUAUACCUCACCUAUUAAGGCUUUAAGUAAUCAGAAAUUUAGAGAAUUUGAUCAGAAAUUCGGUAAUACAGGUGUAGUAACAGGAGAUGUUUCUAUUAAUCCAGGAGUAUUAUAUUGAAUUAAUUUAGGCACCUUGUUUGAUUUUAACAACAGAAAUAUUAAGAAAUAUGUUAUAUAGAGGAGCAGAAUUAAUUCGAGACAUUGAAUGGGUUAUUUUUGAUGAAGUUCAUUAUGUUAAUGAUUAGGAAAGAGGUAUGGUAUGGGAAGAAACUAUAAUUAUGUUACCUUAACAUAUUGGUAUUAUUAUGUUAUCUGCGACUGUUCCUAAUUAUAUGGACUUUGCUAAUUGGGUAGGAAGAACAAGAAAAUAAAAAGUAUAUGUUAUGAAAACAUUUACAAGACCUGUUCCUUUAGAACAUCAUAUAUUCCUGUUUGAUAAAUUUCAUACUAUAAAAGAAAGAGAUGGUGAUUUUUUAGCAUAAGAAUAUAACAGUUUAAAAGUAAAUAAUUUAAAAAUAGUAUUAAUAGAAAAAAAUCAAAGAAAUUGAAGAUGAAAAAAAAGGAUUAAAAGAAAGAAUUAAAAAAAAUAUGGAUGAAAAAAAAGAAGAUGAACUUUAUAAAAAUACAAAUAAAUCUAUGAGACAAAAAUUGACUCAAAAAUAGAUCAAAUCUAAAUUUAUAUAAAACAUAUCAGCUGCAAAUAUGAAAUAAAAAGAUGAAAAGAGAGCCAUGACUUAAUUAAUUCGAUUAUGUGAAAAAAAAGAUUUAUUACCUUGUGUUAUUUUUGUGUUUUCUAGAAAAAAGAUAAAUGAAUUAGCUGAUUCAAUAACUAAAUAAAAUAGUUUAAAAUUAAUUGAUCAUAAAACAGAAGCUCGAAUUAUAGGAUUUUUUGAUUAAGCUUUACUUAAAUUAAAAUCUUAAGAUAGAUAAUCUCCAUAAUUAAUAAGAUUAAGAGAACUAUUAAGAUUUGGUAUUGCAAUACAUCAUGGACAUUUAUUACCAAUAGCUAAAGAAAUAGUUGAAAUUCUAUUUUCAGAAGGAUUGAUAAAAGUUUUAUUUGCAACUGAAACUUUUGCCAUGGGAAUCAAUAUGCCUACUAAAACUGUCAUAUUUCAUACAGUUGAAAAGUUUGAUGGAUCUAAUACUAAGAGAAUGUUACAUUCUAGUGAAUAUACUUAAAUGAGUGGAAGAGCUGGAAGAAGAGGAAUUGAUGAAAAAGGAAAUGUUAUAAUUUACAUUAAAGAUGCAUAAAGUUUACCUGAUGAACUUAGAAUGAAACAAAUGGUUGAUUCUAAAGGAUUAUAAUUAGAUAGUAAAUUUAAAAUCACUUAUAGCAUAAUCUUAAAUUUAUUAACUAGUAAAGAUAUUGAUGCUACUGAAAUGAUGAAGAGAUCAUUUCAUGAAAAUUAUAGAUUUGUAUAAUUACCAAAACAAAUGCUAAGUUUAGAAAGACUCAAAAAAGAAUAUAUCAAUACUUCCUUAGUACAAUGUCCUUAUUAAAAAGGAUUAAGAUCAGGAGUAUCAAAGUCUUUAAUUGAAGAAUAUGUUGAAAUCUAAAAAAAUUAUCGAUUUUCUUAGAUUGCAUUUAUUUAAUCAGCAAUUACUCAAAGUAAGACCAAUAUCACUUUUCCCAGAUUUGUUUUAUUCUCUGAUCAUUUUGGUGAAAUUAGUUUAGGAGUUGCACUCUCUUAAGAUUUCUUAAAUGACGAUAUAUAUGAUUAAAACUAUAUUCUUAGACCUUCAGAAAUAAGUAUUCUAUUAAUUAAUAAUAGCUUAAUUAAAUUUUAGUGUUUUAACAAUCCAUUCUGGAAAUGAAGAUGAAAAACAGCAAAGAAGAUAUAAAAAAAUUUUCUUAUAAUAUUAAACAUCAUUCUUGGAAAAAAAGAGAGAAAAACAAAGAAACAAUUAACUUAAAUCUAACCGAGAAUUUUAUUACAUUAUAAAUAAUGUAACAGAGGAAAGUAUUAUAGACUUUUUAGAUGACUAAGUAAAAGCAUCUAAUAAAACAAACUUUUAAAAUAUUGAAGUUUAUUAUGAAGAUUAUGCUACUUAAUUGUUAGAGAAAUAGUAAUAAUUCUAAGAUAUGAAGUAAAUGUUACAAUACAUAUAUUCUCCUUAAUAAUAAAAUAAUAAUAAAAAACGAUAGGCUGUUCUAACUAAAUUUAAAUAUAAAUUUAAAUCAAUAAAAUAAUAGAAUGAUGAAGACAAUAUGGAAUAGUUCAAAUUCAGGGAGCAAUAGUUAAAUGAAUUGAUAAAUUAAUAAUGCUAAUUUUGUGAUUUAAAAGAAAAACAUCUAUAAUAAUUGUAAUUGAAAGAAAAAUUAAAGAAUGAUAUGCUUGAUAUUAAAAAGAAGAUAUAAGGAAAUGAUACAUAAAGUUAGAGUGAUUUCAAUAAUAAAUUAAAUGCAUUAAAAUUAUUAGGUUAUGUAGAUUAAGCAGGAUUACCUCUUAUAAAAGCUAGAAUCGCAAGAGAAUUAAUGGAUUAGAGUUCCAUUUAUAUUUGUGAAGUACUUGUAGAUAAUAUAAUGGAAACUCUUAAACCAAGUGAAAUUGCUGCAUUGAUGUCAGCUUUUGUUUGCCAAGACAGAAGAAAGUUUGAAGAAGAAUUUGAUGAAAGUAAUAUUGAAGUUAUGCUUCAUAAAAAAUUUGAUGAGAUUUCACUUGAAUUAAGUGGAGCCAUUAUUGCUACUUACAUUUUGAUUAAAAAGACAAUUGAAGAAGAAAGUAAAUUUUAUAUUUAACCAUUAAGUGAAGAUGGAUGCAGUAGACACAAAAGAUUCUUAUGAAUAAAUCAGAAAUGUACUUAAUUUUAAUUUAACAUAAGUGUAAACAUCAAUUUUUUAUUUUUAGAAUUUAUUUAUGGGCUUAAGGCUAAUCAUUUGUAGAUGUUUGUUUAUAAACUGAUAUAGAAGAAGGAUCUAUUGUUAGAACUAUUUAAAGAUUGGAAAAUAUGCUUAGAGGAGUAAUCAAUGCCUUUAGAGUUAUGGGAAAUUUAAAAAUGGUGGACAAAGUUGAAAAAGCUUGUUAAUUAAUUAAAAAAGACAUAGUUUUUGCUGAAAGUCUUUAUUUCGACUCCAAUGCAAAAAUAAAAGAGAAAAAUUGAGACAUAUAUAAUAA